ACUUUCAGCUAUCAAUGAAACUUUUAAUUUAUAUUGUAUACUUACGUCUUAAAAUAACAUGAACAAAUAAAGGUUUUUGCUCCAUUUUACUUUCCUUUUUUAACUUUUAAUCACCGAAAACACAAAACCUUAUAGUUUCUCUGACGUUUAGUCAACAAUUGUAGUUAGUCAAUUGUUUCCGCUAUGGCCAUCUCAGUAUUAUAGGUAGUAAUAUCGAUUUCAGGCCAUUUUUAUUUAAUUAUUAUUAAUUUUGAUGAUUAAUAAAUGUAAUAAAACUCUUUUUCAGAUGACAAUGAACAACAGCAUAGGCUUAAACGAAUGUUCCAGCCUAAAUAGAAAAUGUGAAUCCAGAUUGCAAGGUGCCCCGUUGAAGACAGUUCUACUUACUUUUCUUAUAGUGAACGUUUUUCUUGCCAUUCUGGCUGCUAGUUUCUUAUUGUUUGGAUCUCUCUACAAAACCAAUCUGUGCCUUACACCACAAUGUGUAAAUAGCGCAUCACGGAUACUAGAAGCCAUGGAUCGCAGCGCCGAUCCUUGUGACGACUUUUAUCAAUUCGCCUGCGGAGGCUGGAUACGGUCGAAUCCUGUUCCAGAUUGGACUGCCACCUGGGAUAGACUUGCUCUGAUACGUGAGACACUUUUACAGGAGAUGCGACAAUUACUAGAUUCGGCCGACAUUACCAACAAAACUAAUUCCCUACCAGACGGAGUUCGCAAAGCCAAACUACUCUAUCGGACCUGCAUGAAUACCGAUGAAGUCGAAUCAAAAGGGAUAGCUCCAAUAGAGAACCUGUUGGAAAGAGUGGGAUUGUCAAAAAAUCCACCUAAAGUCCGUGAAGACUCGACCUUCGAUUGGUUAUAUACUGUGGCGCGAGUUCGCAGAUUAUUAGGUGUUAACGUUCUUAUAGGAUUUAAUGUAGCUGAAGAUGUAAGAAAUUCCUCUCUCAACAAAAUUGUGAUAGAACAAGUAUCACCGGGUUUCAAGGAAAGGUAUUUGCUACAACCCGAUAAAUUUUCAUCGGAAAUAAAACAUUACAAAAACUACAUCGUGUCAAUGGUGGCGACCUAUACAAACAGAACAAUGGUACAAGAAUUUGCUGAAGACGUUCUAAAUUUCAGCACGGAGAUAGCAAAGGUAAUGACCCCAACAGAACAACGUAGAAGCCCAGGUCAUUUAUUUCACGAAGUAACCCUAAUGGAACUCGCCAAGGGCCCUAGGAUCAACGAUGAUACGUGGAAAUCUAUAAACUGGACAAAAUAUAUGGAAUUAAUUUUCGAAGAUACAGCUGUAAAAGUAAAUUUUAAAAACGAUACUGCUAUCGUACUUGAUCUUCCAUACCUUCACAGACUGUCAGGAUUAAUUAAAAAGACUAGCGAUGUCACCUUGGAAAGGUUUUUAUGGUGGAGCGUUUUCGCGUCGGUAGCCCCCCUGACUCUGGCCAAGUUUCGUACGUUAGGAUUCGAAUUUUCUCAACAUCUCGUAGGUUUACAAGCCAGGUCGCCCCGAUGGAAAGUUUGUACCAGCACUGUCAAUUCCAAUUUUGGACUUGCGCUUAGUCACCUUUAUAUCCAAAACAAUUUCGACAAAGUUUAUAGGGCGAGAGCAUCAGAAAUGCUGGAAGAUAUACGAGACGCAUUUGAAAAUGCCGUAGAAGACUUGGACUGGAUGGAUACCGCCACAAGGGAAAAAACUUUAACAAAGCUGCAUGCAAUCAGGGCUUUUGUAGGAUAUCCCAGUUGGAUCAUGAAUACUACACGUCUGGAUAUGCACUAUAAAAAGGCUAACGUAAUACCUGGGGAACUGUUCCUGACUUAUCUUAAUCUGACAAAUGCUGCUAUAACAAGGAAAUUAGAAAGUCUUCGGAAAGUGCCUGACAGAAACAGGUGGGUGGCAACCCCAACUACCGUCAAUGCAUUUUAUUCAGCUUCUCUUAACUCUGUCAUUUUUCCUGCCGGAAUUUUAAAGCCGCCCUUCUACGGUAAUGGAAUGAGGGCUGUAGAUUAUGGUUCAAUCGGAGCAAUUAUGGGCCACGAAAUCACCCAUGGAUUCGACGAUCAAGGACGUCGGUACGAUGAACAUGGGAAUUUAAAGCAAUGGUGGUCUUCAACGACACUAGAGCAUUACCAUAACAGGGUUAAAUGUAUUAUUGAGCAGUACAAUAAUUAUACAAUGCCGGAAUUAGGGUCAUCAUAUCAUGUACAUGGUUAUAACACUCAAGGUGAAAAUAUCGCCGACAAUGGAGGUCUCAGGGCAGCGUUUGAAGCAUACAAAAAUCGCCAAUACAAAUCCAAUUCGCUUGACAUGAGGCUGCCAGGUCUAGAUAUGACUUCUGAACAACUUUUUUUCCUCGGAUUUGCACAAAUUUGGUGUGGAAAUACUACGCUGGGAGCUUUGAAAAGCAAGAUGAUUGACGGAGUGCAUAGUCCGAAUCGCAUACGAGUCCUUGGGACUUUAAAGAACUCUCAAGAAUUUUCCGACGUGUGGCAAUGUUCUCUAGGAACUCCUAUGAAUCCUAAACACAAGUGUAUCUUGUGGUAAUGGAAGACUUUCGGGAUUUUUAGCAAGAAAAAAAGAAAUUUAGAGGGAUGGUUAUAUCGGGUUAAUAAAAAAAAAAAAUAAGUACAAAGCAACUAUUAUAAAAUUACCUUAGGCUUGCGCUGAAGAGAUUGGGAUUUAUGCAUAUGUUAACUAUAAUAACUGAUUACAUUUUUGUGAUAAUUUUUUGUAAAGUACCUACAUACAGUAUUAUUAUUGUACAUGUAUAUAGAGAUUUCUCAUGUGUAGAAUUAAAAAUUUGCCGUUGUUUAUUGUUAAGGCAAAACUGUUAAUUAAAGUGUAUUAAUAAGGGAAGCAAAACCAAUAAAACCUUUUUUGGACAGUGAUGUCUGUUAGAGAAAAGUACAUGUGAUAAACGAUG